CAGGCAGUAGCGACGCACCAGAAUGCACGUGCUUCUCUGGUGGAACAUCAAGAUGGCAGCGUCCGUGUGUCUGUGUUACGAGCUGAUGGGCCGGAAGGCCUUGGCUCUCUGCACCCGUUCUGUAGUUUCUGCUGCAUGGAGAGGAGAUGCCUACAGGUUACACAGGAGCCCAGCUGCAGCUGUGCAGGUCCGGUAUUCUUCGGGACGGAAGGGUUUUUUGGGCGAGUUUGUUGACAAUCUCCGUCAGGAGUUCAGUAAGAACCAGGAGAUGAAGGAAAACAUCAAAAAGUUUAGAGAAGAGGCCAAGAAGCUAGAAGAGUCUGAUGCCCUGCAGCAGGCCCGCAGGAAAUAUAAAACUAUAGAGGCCGAGACGGUGAAAACAUCUGAGGUGUUUAAAAAGACCUUCGGCUCUCUGUCAGAAACCGUCAAAGAGAGUCUUGGGGAGGUGACCCGAACGGAUAUAGGGAAGAAGAUUAAAGAAGGUGUGGAGGAGGCGGCCAGGACAGCCAAGCAUUCUGCAGAGUCUGUGUCUAAGGGGGGAGAAAAACUGGGACGGACCAGCGCAUUCAGAGCCAUCUCACAGGGUGUGGAAUCUAUGAAGAAGGAGAUAGACGUUGGAGACGCCGGUCCUUACAGGGCUCCUGCUCAGCUGAGGAUGAGAAGUGAUUUUUCAUUGAGAGGUGGAGAUGUUGACAGCAGAGUGUUUGAGGCCAAUGAAGAUGCUCUUGGUGUGGUUCUGCAUAAGGAUUCAAAGUGGUACCAGCAGUGGAAGGACUUCAAGGAGAAUAACAUGGUCUUUAACCGAUUCUUUGAAAUGAAGAUGAAGUAUGAUGAAAGCGACAACGCUCUGAUCAGAGCAUCCAGAGCCAUGACUGACAGAGUUACCGACUUUUUAGGUGGACUUUUUUCUAAAACAGAAAUGUCAGAAGUGCUGACAGAGAUUCUGAAGAUAGAUCCUAAGUUUGACAAAGACACUUUCCUCAAGCAGUGUGAGAAGGAUAUCAUCCCGAACAUCCUGGAGGCUAUGGUCCGUGGAGAGCUGGAGGUUUUAAAGGACUGGUGCUAUGAAGCUACAUACAGUCAGCUGGCUCAUCCCAUCCAGCAGGCCAAAGCCCUCGGGCUUCUCUUUCAGUCCAAAGUUCUUGACAUCGAUAACAUAGAUUUAGCGAUGGGUAAACUGAUGGACCAGGGCCCAGUGCUGAUCAUUACCUUUCAGGCUCAAGUCGUCAUGGUGAUCCGAAGCCCGAAAGGAGAUAUCGUGGAAGGAGAUCCGGAGAAAGUGAUGAGGAUGAUGUAUGUUUGGGCCCUGUGUCGUGACCAGGAUGAGCUGAACCCUAACGCAGCAUGGAGGCUGCUGGACAUCUCCGCCUCCAGCACAGAGCAAAUCCUCUGAGAGGAGUCAAAGGCGAUGCUGGUGAACGGGCUCCUCCACUGUACAGACUGAACGAGGGCAGAGGUCACAAACAUGGGGAUGGAAGCAGCUCUGGAGCAGAGUAAAACCCUUCCCCUGUGCACGUGUACAUACCUCAUACUUCGGACAUAUUCGCUAUAAUCUGGAUUCUGACAUGAGAUGUAGUCUCGCCUGCUGUUCUUCGUUCUUCAUGCUCGGAGUGACAGAGCUAUGAAAAAAGCACUUGACCUUUCCUGUUAGAAAGGAUAAAGUCAGUAGAAAUCCUGGAACCCUUCAUUCUGUGGUGCACUUCAUCCAUACUGACCUUAUGGCAACAUUCAGAAAGAUCCUCUCACAGAUGGAGAAGAUGAAACUACACGUUUGUAUAUCUGUUGAACAUUUCAGAACUUUUUUUUUUUAUUACUUUCUCAUGUUGGCAGGGGGUUAACAGCUUCAGCUUUGAAUUAAUGGCUGCAGCGUAAAUGCAGAUGGGGAUUUUUGAACAUACUGUAAGUUUGGAGAUGUUCUUCUCAUGAUUAUUCCUGUGAAGAACUAGUUUCCUUUCUAGCAGAGAGUACAGAUGCAUUUUUUUUUUUUUUGUAAAGCUUUGACCUGCUUUUUCUGGAUUCACCUUAAGAUCUCCAAUCAGGGUCUGAUGACUUGGUGUAUCUCUGCCUGACACAGAUUACAGAAAAACAUCUCUUCUAUUUAAACAGAAGACCAACUGUUCCCACAUUAAUGUUUUGAUGGACCUCAAAUGUUUUCAUUUUAAUAUUUUGUUUUUUUCCAUUGUAAAUUUUAUGAUUCCAAUAAAGUCAAAGAGGAAAGGGAUUGUAACGUCCAAAGAUAUCGUAAUCCAUGUCUUACCUUUGUUUGUUUUUUUAAGUU